AUGUCUAAGCCAUUUGAUCCCGAGAAUGCCGAGAACUUCGAGGAUAUGGAGAAGCAGUUCGCCGUUAAAGCGGUGGAACAUCUGAUGACAUACUGGGCGAUCCUGGAGAAAGUGAAGGGCUCUCAGCUGCGUCUGACGAAGAUGGACGACGAAAUCUACGAAUCCUUUAAGACCGAGUUUCCCGAUUUCGACCCCGCCGCGACCAUCAACGAGGAUCAGAUGAAGAGCAAGGCCGGCAAAGAGAAGUGGCGCAACUGGGUGAACCAGUUCGAAAAGAAGAUCGAUGACUUUAACUUUGGCACCAUCAUCCGGAGCCGAGCGGAUGUCGAGUAUGACCAGCACACUACCAUCUUCGGUGUGCGCAUGCAAUUCUAUGCCAUUGAGAUCGCAAGAAACCGUGCGGGUUUGAACGACUGGAUUUAUGAGCGAUCGCAGAAGGCAAGCUCGUGA